AUGGCCGGCGGGGCGCCUUUCGGCCAUCCCGUGAUGGAUGCCGUCGCUCUGAAGGUCAAAUGUGGAUCAUGCCAGACGGAGAAGCAAUUCCGCAUGGGCGACAUCCCGGAGUUCAUCCGCUCGGAGCAACCCGCGUUCCAGUGCGUGCGUUGCGGCAAGCAACAGAAGGUGACAACCAUCACCCCUCAAGUGAGGCAGCUGCUCGGGACCCGGUACCAGAAGGCCUACGACGAGUACCAGCGGACGUACGUGGCCGCCCAGGCAGCGCUGCAGCAGCAGGUGGCCGCGGCGGCCUCGAACCCGCAGCUGUUCCAACAGCUGACGGGACAGCUGCGCGCGCAGCAAAUCGCCGCGCACGCGCAGCAGCGCGCGGGGCAGGACGCGCCGACGGCCGCGCAGCGCGCCUUCGGGAACUCCGGCGCGGCGCCGGGGAGCCUGGCGGCGAUCCGCGGCAUGGACGCCCCGCACAGCCCCGAGGCGGGGGGCAUGUUUAAUCGGUCGAUGGAGGAGGUGUACGGCGGGGGCGACGACGACGAGCUCGUGCUGGAGGGCGAGCACUUCGCGGACUACGCUCCGCGUCGCCUGAUGAUCGGAGUGACGCAUCCCGACCCUGUGGUGGAGUCCGCGUCGCUCGCGGCCGUGCUGCCGCCGCCCGCGCCUCUCCAGCGGCGCCUCCGCAUCCGCGACGCCGUCGCCAGCGGCGUGCUCUCGGGGCUGCAGCUCGAGUCGAUCGUGUACUCGUUGCAACGUCACCGCUUGUUCCAGGGCGGGUUCCGGUGCGGGUUCUUCAUCGGAGACGGCGCGGGCGUCGGCAAGGGGCGGACGAUCGCGGGGAUGAUCCUGGAGAACUGGCUCCGGGGCCGGCGCAAGCACAUCUGGGUGUCGGUGUCCUCGGAUCUCCUGGUCGAUGCGGAGCGCGACCUGCGCGACGUGGGCGCGACGGAGAUCGUGCGGGCGGGCAACGUGCACGCGCUGCAGAAGAAGGAGUACGGCCCGCUGUCGAGCGCCCGCAACGGCGUGCGCGAGGGCGUCGUGUUCAUGACGUACAGCGCGCUGGUGUCGGGCAACGCGGCGGGGCGGCGCGGCGAGGGCUCGUGCAACACGCGCCUCGACCAGCUCGUCGAGUGGUGCGGCCCGGACUUCGACGGCCUGAUCGUGUUCGACGAGUCGCACAAGGCCAAGAACCUCGUCCCUGCCGAGAAGAGCGCCAAGCCGUCCAAGACCGGCCUGGCCGUCCUGGCGAUCCAGGAGCGGCUCCCGCGCGCGCGCGUGGUGUACUGCUCGGCGACCGGCGCCAGCGAGCCGCGCAACAUGGGCUACAUGGUCCGGCUCGGCCUGUGGGGCCCUGGCGCGCCAGCGUUUCACAACUUCGGGUCCUUCCUGACGAGCGUGACGACGCGCGGCAUGGGGACGCUCGAGAUGACCGCGAUGGACAUGAAGGCGCGCGGCAUGUUCGUGUGCCGCACCCUGAGCUUCAAGGGCGCGGAGUUCUCUGUGGACUAUGUUCAGAUGGAGGAGCGCAUGAGCAAGAUGUACACGGAGGCGGCGUGGUUCUGGGUCAAGAUGCACGCGGUCCUCACGAAGGCGAACGACAUCGCGAACCGGUACGCCGGCACCGGCGAGCCGGGCACGGACGACGUCGGCGGCGCGGCCAACGGCGACGCAGUGACGGCGGCGCAGGGCGAGGACCUCCUGCAGGAGCGGGCGACGAAGCGCGCGUUCGGCGGCAAGGGCAAGAUCAACCGCCUGUGGAACAUGUACUGGGCGACGCACCAGCGCUUCUUCCGGUCCAUGUGCAUGGCGGCCAAGGUUCCCGCGCUGGUCAAGAUCGCAAACGAGGCCCUCGAGGCGGAGAAGUGCGUCGUGAUCGGGCUGCAGACGACGGGCGAGGCGCGCAUCGGCGAGGCCGUCGAGCGGAAGAAGCGCGACGAGGGCGUGGAGGACCUCGACGACUUCAUCUCUGGGCCCCAGGAGCAGCUGUUGAAGCUCGUGAAGGACUGGUUCCCGAUGCCGCCCAACCCCGGCAUCAGCACGACGGUGCUGGAGUCGCUCUCGCGGUCCGCGAACGCCGCGGCCAAGGCCGAGCAGGGCUGCAAGGCCGACGAUGAGAAGAAGGCCAACGACAGCGCGGGGCGCGGGUACGAGCUGCCGGUGCCGCAGUCGCCGGAGGAGGCGGUGUACUACGAGGCGUGGCUGACGCGGCAGAGCCUCCUCGACGAGAUCUCGAGGCUGGACCUCCCCGCGAACCCGCUCGACGACCUGAUCGACCAGCUGGGCGGGCCGGAGCAGGUGGCGGAGAUGACGGGGCGCAAGGCGCGGCUCGUGCGGUCCGAGGACGGCAAGUCGGUCAAGUACGAGGCGCGCAACGCCACGGGCGCGACCGGGGGCACGUCGCUCGACAUGCUCAACAUUCAGGAGCGCGCGGCGUUCCAGGCAGGGAAGAAGUACGUUGCAGUGAUUUCGGAGGCAGCGUCCGCGGGCAUCUCGCUCCAGGCCGACCGGCGCGUGCGGAACCAGCGCCGCCGCGUGCACAUCACGCUCGAGCUGCCGUGGAGCGCCGACCGCGCGGUGCAGCAGUUCGGCCGCUCGCACCGCGCGAACCAAGUGUCGGCGCCCGAGUACCGCCUGCUCUUCACGCCGCUCGGCGGCGAGCGGCGGUUUGCGUGCUCCGUCGCCGCGCGCCUCGAGUCGCUCGGCGCGCUCACGCAGGGCGACCGCCGCGCGGGCCUCGGCCUGUCGAUGUCGGAGUUCAACUUCGAGACGGACUACGGCCGGGGGGCGCUCCGCGAGAUGUACACCGCGAUCAUCGAGGGCGGGUCGGCCUUCGUCACGCCGCGCGACUGCCAGGGUGACGAGCCGGAGCUGCCUGCGCGGGAGUUCUACGAGGAGUGCCGGUACUUGAUCGCCGUCAUGGGCAUCGCGAAGAUCGAGCCGCCGCGCAACUUCCUGCCCCCGGGUUCCGUCCCCCCCUCCAUGCCCUCGAUCGGGGACCCGGAUUCGCUCCCGAAGUCGGUCCGCGGCCGCCCAUGCCUGCGCACCCACGACGGGUCGUGCACGGUCGCCGUGAAGGAGAACGAGAAGGGCCAGGUCAACCGCUUCCUGAACCGCCUCCUCGGGCUCCCCGAGGCCGAGCAGACGCAGUUGUUCGACUUUUUCCAGCAGUGCGUCGAGGAGAAGGUGCGCCGCGCCAAGCGCGAGGGCCGGUACGACCAGGGCAUCACCGAGCUCCGCGGCACCAGCGUGCGUCUCCUGCGCCAGCCCGAGACGCUGUACCGCGACCCCACGUCGGGCGCACCCGCGACGCUGUAUGAGGUGGUCAUUGACCGGGGGGUGUCCUGGGAGACGGUCCUGGCGUCGCUGGAGGAGGCGCGCGCGGAGGAGAAGAAGACGGCGAAGGAGCGGAGGGAGUUUCUGGCCGCGCGGGGCCUCGGCAUCCCCGCGGACAUCAGGGAGACGGCCCCGUACAAGACGGGCUUCUACAUGUCGCGCAACGAGAUCGUGGGCGCUACGGGGCCCCUGAAGCACCUCGUGGCGUUCGCGGCGUACAAGCAGGAGCUGUUCCUCGGCAAGGACCCCGGCUUCGUCGUCGUGCGGCCGAAGAACUGCAUCCAGCAGCGCAAGCACGUCCCCGAUUUCGAGCGCAUCUACGAGAAAUGCACCCUCGAGCAGGCGCAGAAGAUGUGGGAGUGGCAGUGGGCCGAGGGCAACCUCCCGCUCGACGAGCGCGGCCCCCCGGGCGGCGAGCUCAUCGACAUGACCGACAAGGAGCACGCCACGGACCUCGUCGGCUCCCAGGAGCAGCAGCAGGCCGACGGCGACGCCACGAAGACGCCGCAGAAGCAGGCGCCCGCGGCGACGCCGCCCGCGGGCACGCCGGGCGUGCGCAAGCACGCCAUCGCGGUGGUGUCGGACGCGCUGUCGCCCGAGGCGCACGUGCACGGCCCCGAGCCCUCGCCAGCGGUGGAGACCAUCCCGGACAUGGCCGAGGCCAAGGCCGCGGACGAGGCCGAGAUCGAGCUCGCGAAGAAGCUCAAGAUCAAGAAGUUCCGGGGCGAUCGCAUCAUCCGCAGGUACCUCCUCGGCGGCGUCGUGCUGUCGCUGUGGGACCUGAUUGAGGACUCGCUGAGGCGGCUGUACGCCAAGAACCGGCACGUCGAGGUGGCGCGGUGCUCGGUGGAGAACGUCAUCGGCGGCGGGGGCAGCCGGAUCAUCGGCAUCGUGAUCCCCCCCGAUAAGGCGAAGGACGAUAUUCUGGGCGCUAUCAAGGAUCGUGCACAGCAGAUGGAAGAGGCGAUGCGGCACGCGGCGGCGGAGGCGGAGCGGGCGCGGAAGGCGACGGACAGCGACGGGGAGGAGUGGGAGGGGCGGGUGCCCGAGAUCAAGCGACGUGGGGCGUCUCCGAUCAGCGUCGACGAGUCUGGGUCCGAGGACAGCGCGUCGUCCGGCAGCGAAGACGGGAGCGGGAGCGGCUCCGGCAGCAGCAGCUCAAGCGACGGCGGCAGCGACGACGAGGGGGUGCAGGUGGUGGCGAAGCGCAGGGGGGGCGUCAAGGCCGGGACGAAGCAAACCAAGCUCGGUGGCGGGUACUUCCAGAAGGCCGUGAAGGCCGUGCAGGAAAAGAAGGCCGAGAUUGCGCGCCAGCGCGGCGCCGCCAAGCCCGCCGCGCGCGGCCGGGGCCGUCCGAAGAAGGUGGCUGCUGCGGAGCUCUAUCCGAGCUCCGACGACGUGGCGAGCGGCUCCAGCAGCGAGGAGGAGGAGCACGAGGACGACUCCGCAGAGGACACCGAGGAGGACCUCGCGAGCCAGGACUGCGUGGCCAGCAGCGGGGACGAUGCACCCGACUCAGCGCCCGACACCCCCUCCCCCGCGAAGCAGCCCAAGGGACGCCCCGGCCGGAAGCCUGCUGCGCGCACACAGGGCGUGGCGAAGCGCCGGGGCGGGGCGGGCAAGCAGGAGGCGCCCAAGGGCGCGGCGGCCCGCCGCCCGCAGCGCGCUGCGGCAGCUGUUGCCGCGAAACGUCAGCAGCGGGUCAGCUCCAGCGACGACACCGACGACGACAUGGACGCGUUCGGCAUCGAGUACACUAGUCCGCGCAAGCAGAGUCAGAGCCAGCCCAGCAAGGCCGCCACACCGCUCGACGCCGACAACAGCGGGGGGCGCAAGCGCCGCGCGGCACAGGACCUGGAGGACAGCGGGGGCGGGCGGAGCAACAAGGCUGCGCGCUCGAGCGGCGAGCGCGACGCGGGGCGGCAGAGCCGGCGGCCGUCGGCCCGCUCGAACCGCGCCGCGACGUCUGCCACCGACUCCGGGAGCGACACGGAGGACUGCAGCGAGGGAGCGGCGCGGAACGGCAACGGCGCGAAGCGCGGCGGCGGCGCUGGGCGCAGGGGCGCGGCGGCUGCGGCGAAGAAGAAGGCGCCUGCUGGGCGGCGGACGCGCACGCUGACGUUCGACUCGAGUGACGGCGAGGGGAGCGACAGCGACGGCGGGGUGGCGACGAGGCGGCGCGGGAAGGUCGCGGGGGGCGUUAGGGGGCGUGGCGGGGCCGCGCGCAGGCGGGGAGGGCGGGAGGUGUAUGUCAUUGACAGCGAGUGA